CUCCGUCGCGACUGCUCACUGCCAUUCCGCUCUCUCUCCUGUAAAUUUGUGAUAUUCGAAUUGGUACCGCAGAGAGGGAGAGAGAGAAAUCCGAUCGGCCUAAGUCCCUGAGGAAUCAAUAUCGAUAGCAAGAGCUGAGUUGAGUCAGUUGACGCCGACAGUGGACUCAGCGCAGCCAUUGGAGAUCCCAAACGGAGAGAGCUCGCGAUUGUCACCAAUUCGGACUCCCAAAGGGAAAAAAGGGGAAAUUAAAUCGGAAAACGAGCAAAUAUGGUGGAUCCAGCUAACACGCCACUUGGAAAAAUGUUACAGGAGGAGAUCACCCCCGUGGUAAUGGUGCUCUGCACUCCUCUGGUCGAAGAAGCUUGCCUUAAGAAUGGCCUCUCCCUCGUUGAAAUGCUAAGUCCCUUCUGCAACUUCAACAACAUCGACGUGCCCGUACGGACAUCUAGUGACCAACCAUACAGACUACAGAAGUUCAAGUUACGUUUAUUUUAUGCAUCCGAUAUUCGGCAACCUGAUUUAGAGGUAGCAAAGGAGCGGUUGAAGCAGGUUAUAACCCAGGCUGGGGAGGAAGAUUUUUCUGAACUGAGUUUGGAUCCACCUCAAAUUAAGGACAUACUCGAUAGUGCAGAAUCUAAAAUAUUGCCAACUUGGUUUCGAUAUUUUAAUAAGGAGCUUGUACGUACCUUAUCCUUUUCAGACCAUGAAGCUUUUGAUCAUCCUGUGGCAUGUCUUUUGGCCAUAUCUUCAAAAGAUGAAGAACCUAUCAGCAGAUUUGUUGACCUUUUCAACCCCAACAAAUUGCCCUCUCUUCUUAAUGAUGGUGCAAUGGACCCGAAGCUUUUGAAGCAUUAUUUAUUGGUCCAUGAUAAUCAAGAUGGCACUUCAGAGAAAGCAACUCGAAUUUUGACUGAAAUGAAAAACACCUUUGGUCCUAAUGACUGCCAAUUACUAUGCAUUAAUUCCUCUCAAGAUGGACAUGUAGAACAUCAGGACAACCCGUGGGCUUGCUUUAAAUCUGAUGCUUUAGCUGGUCGAACGCUUGGUUGUUCCCUUAGUACUGAUGACAUUAAUGAGAUCAAAGAUCUCAUGCAAGAAUUAUCAUCUAAGCACAUCAUUCCUUACAUGGAGCAGAAAGUACGUGCACUUAAUCAACAGGUAUCUGCAACAAGGAAAGGUUUUAGAAACCAGAUUAAAAAUUUAUGGUGGAGAAAAGGGAAAGAAGAUGCACCUGACUCUCUUUAUGGUCAUAUGUAUACCUUCAGCUCUGUUGAAUCUCAGAUAAGAAUUUUGGGUGACUAUGGCUUCAUGUUACAAGAUUAUGAACUUGCUUUGUCAAGCUAUCGCCUGAUUUCAACAGAUUACAAGCUCGAUAAAGCCUGGAAACGUUUUGCUGGGGUGCAGGAAAUGAUGGGACUUACAUAUUUCAUUUCAGAUCAAUCAAGAAAAGAAGCUGAAUAUUGCAUGGAAAAUGCAUUUACUACUUAUUUAAAAAUGGGAUCAUCUGGUCUACGGCAUGCUACCAGGUGUGGUCUUUGGUGGGUGGAGAUGCUGAAAUCUAGAGAUCAGUAUAAGGAAGCUGCUACUGUUUACUUCCGCAUUUGUGGUGAGGAAACUUUACAUGCAGCUGUGAUGCUGGAGCAAUCAUCUUAUUGCUAUUUGUUGUCGAAACCACCAAUGCUACAUAAGUAUGGAUUUCAUCUUGUUCUUUCAGGUGAUCGCUAUAAAAAAUGUGACCAGAUUAAACAUGCAAUUCGUACAUAUAGAAAUGCAAUCUCUGUAUAUAAAGGGACUAUGUGGAGCCACAUCAAGGACCACGUCCACUUCCAUAUUGGACAGUGGUAUGCUUCUCUUGGAAUGUAUGAUGUUGCUGUGGCUAAUAUGUUGAACGUGCUGGCUUGUUCUGAACAAUCAAAAGCAACACAAGAGCUGUUUCUGAGAGACUUUCUUCAUACUGUUCAGAAAACUGGCAAGACAUUUGAGGUCUUAAAGCUUCAGUUGCCUGUUAUCAAUAUCUCAUCACUUAAGGUUGUUUUUGAAGAUCAUCGCACUUAUGCAUCGCAGGCAGCUGCCAGUGUCAAAGAAAGCGUUUGGCGUUCAUUAGAGGAGGAGAUAAUUCCAUCAUUACCGACUGCCCGGUCUAACUGGCUGGAUUUGCAGUCAAAACUUGUGCCAAAAAAUUAUAAAAAAGCAAAUGUUUGUGUGGCUGGAGAACCAACACAAUUUGAUAUCGAGUUUAGAAAUCCUCUUCAAAUUUCUCUUUCCAUUUCUAGUGUUGCUUUGAUAUGUGAACUAUCUUCAAGAACUGAUGAGGUGAAAUCUGAUACCAAUGUGGCCAGCACUGAGCUCCAGAAUGUUGAAGAACAUGAAGAGUUGACUAUGAGUGGGGAAAUGAACUCUUAUAUUUCUUUGUUUACUUUGUCUGAGGCUGACUUCUUAUUAGGAGGUGGUGAAACAACUCUGGUGCGACUUACAGUUACUCCCAGAGUAGAAGGCAUCCUAAAAGUUGUCGGUGUUAGAUGGAAGUUGUCAGGUUCUGUAGUUGGUGUCCAUAAAUUUGAAUGUGAUCCCAUCAAUACAAAAAAUGCCAAGGCUAGAAGAAAAGCUAGGCAUUCUCCUUGCAAUGAUCUUAAGUUUAUAGUGAUCAAGAUGCUUGAGGGUACCCGUGUCCCCGCAUAUAAAUAUAUCAACAUACAAUGUAAAGUACCAAUCAGGGUCCAAGUUUUCCUACACAAACUAAUCAAAUUUAUGGUCAUGCAGAAUUUGAAAAUGAAGAUUAGUCAUCCCAGAUUCCUAACGGUUGGAAAUCAGGAGUUGACAAUGAAGUUUCCUGAUUACUUAGAAAAGAAGAUGGAUGUUGAACAAAGUAGUGCCCAUGUUAGCCCAAAUAUAGCUUCUCAAAAUGUGUUUCUGUUUCCGGAGGAUGUAUCAAUUCAGGGAGAAACACCUUUGUUGUGGUCCCUGUGGUUUCGAGCUGCUGUUCCUGGAAAUAUAUCAUUGUACAUGACAAUAUACUAUGAGAUGGAGGAUAUGUCAAGUACCAUGAGAUAUCGCACUCUUCGGAUGCAUUACAAUUUUCAGGUUUUACCAUCAUUGGAUGUGUCAUUCCAAAUCAGUCCCUGUCCAUCAAGAUUGCAAGAGUACCUUGUGCGAAUGGAUGUUAUCAAUCAGACAAGUACAGAAUGUUUCCAGGUUCGUCAGUUAUCGUCUGUUGGACGCCAGUGGGAAAUCUCAUUGCUUCCAUCUCUUGAUUCCAUAUUACCUUCACAAUCCUUAUUUGCCGGUCAAGCAUUUUCGUGGUUCUUCAUGCUCAAGGAUCGCAAGAAAUCAGCGGAUUCUGAAGAUAAGCCCUCAUCUCUUUCCUGUAUUGGAAGUGAUUUAAGAUUGUGUACCUUAGAUGACAGCCAAGCACUUAUUGAUGUAUCAAAGCCACCUCUGGCAGCUUUCCAUUACAAUGAAAGAAAGAAUCAGGGAAUACCAGAUCAGGAAAACCCAAAUACUGUUGACUUCAUUUUGAUCUCCCAGCCGCAAAAGAGCAAGACUCAUUCUGAGAUUUUUGAUUCACUGCAUCUUUUUUCUCACCACGCAUGCCGUUGCAGUAUAACAAGUAUAAGUCCAAUAUCGUGGGGAGUGGAUGGGCCUCGAACCGUACAUCAUGAUUUUUCGACUUCCUUUUGUGAGGUUAAGUUAACCAUGACAAUCAGCAAUUCAUCAGAUGCAAUUGCAUCUGUGCACGUCAGCACCUUGGAUUUACCCAGCAGUAGUGGGCAGUCGAGUGAUGUGGGCACCCCUCAGUCUGCUGUUCCUUCUGGAAAUCAAGCAGGGUGGCAUGAUAUACCUGUAGUAAGCGACACCAAAGUGACCUCUGCUGUUCCCGGAACCCAUGUCGGAAAAUUGCAACCAGUAGAAAGUGCAUCUCCAUUUAUUUGGUGUGGUUCAAGUUCUACAAAGGCCCAACUCCAGCCCUUUUCAACGAUCAGAAUCCCCCUUCAGAUAUCUGUAUUCUUCCCCGGGAUCUACGAUCUAUCUAAUUACGUGUUGAAUUGGAAUCUCAUACCUAACAGUGACCAAGAAGAUCUAGGACAGAGGCAGUCAUCAGGGACAUGCCAAGGAUAUCCAUAUCUUCUUACCGUGCUUCAAUCUACUUGAAAUCUGGAGUUCAUGCAUUGCUUAGCUUCCAACUUUGUUGCUAUAAAGCUCCAAUUUCUGAUUUUUGUAACUUCUACAUGUAUAUUAUUAUUUUUUUUUUCUCGUUAAAGUGUAUUUUUUUUUCUUUUCAUGAUAGAAGGAAUUACAAAAAAACGCAAAGGUCAGUGUUGUUAGAUUAUAGGAGACAGAAAGCAUUCUUUCUUCACAACUAGAAUAAUAAGGGCAUCGAAAUUCAUUCACGAAUCUGUGUUCGUUAAACUUCGUGUUCUGUACUCUAAUGUUUUCAUCGGAAAAAUCUGAUUUUGACACAAUGUUACUCGUUAGGCUUGUAUUUACCUGGCGUCAGGCACCAAAUUAUUCUUA